AUGGCAAAGAAAGGGAAAGAAGUUUUGAACGCUUUGGAUGCGGCCAAAACGCAGAUGUACCAUUUCACAGCGAUUGUAAUCGCGGGUAUGGGUUUUUUCACUGAUGCUUACGAUCUCUUUAGCAUCUCUCUCGUCAUAAAGCUACUUGGCCGCAUAUACUAUCAUGUUGAUGGCUCCAAGAAGCCUGGAACGCUCCCUCCAAACGUUGCUGCCGCUGUUAAUGGUGUCGCCUUUUGCGGUACCCUCGCUGGCCAGCUCUUCUUCGGUUGGCUCGGUGACAAACUUGGCCGCAAGAAAGUUUACGGUAUUACCUUGAUGGUCAUGGUACUCUGUUCGCUUGGGUCGGGUCUAUCAUUUGGUCACUCGGCUAACGGAGUGAUGGCCACGCUCUGUUUCUUCCGGUUCUGGCUCGGUUUCGGCAUAGGCGGCGACUACCCACUCUCAGCCACCAUCAUGUCGGAAUAUGCCAACAAGAAAACACGUGGCGCAUUUAUAGCCGCAGUUUUCGCUAUGCAAGGCUUUGGAAUCUUGGCCGGAGGAAUCGUGUCACUCGUCGUCUCAAGUGCGUUUGACCACGCGUUUGACGCACCAACCUAUGAGGUUGAUCCGGUUAGGUCCACUGUACCGGAGGCGGAUUACGUGUGGCGGAUUGUGCUCAUGUUUGGAGCUAUCCCUGCGUUGCUAACUUAUUAUUGGCGUAUGAAGAUGCCUGAAACCGCUCGGUAUACCGCUCUUGUUGCUCGGAAUACCAAACAAGCCGCCGCCGAUAUGUCUAAGGUGCUUCAAGUGGAUAUAAUAGCAGGAGAAGUAGAAGUAGAGUCAAAUCCAUCAUCUUCUUCAUCAAAACCAAACUCCUUCGGCUUAUUCUCCAGAGAAUUCGCUCGCCGUCACGGCCUCCACCUCAUCGGCACAACCACGACGUGGUUCCUCCUCGACAUCGCCUAUUACAGCAGCAACCUCUUCCAAAAGGACAUUUACUCCGCCAUCGGAUGGAUUCCCGCCGCCGAGACCAUGAACGCAAUCCACGAGCUCUUCACCGUCUCCAGAGCUCAAACCCUAAUCGCUCUCUGCGGCACCGUCCCCGGUUACUGGUUCACCGUCGCGUUCAUCGAUUACCUCGGCCGAUUCUUCAUCCAAUUGAUGGGAUUCAUCUUCAUGACCGUCUUCAUGCUCGCUCUCGCCAUCCCUUACGAUCACUGGAGGCGUAGAGACAAUCGAAUCGGUUUUUUGGUCAUGUAUUCGUUGACUAUGUUCUUCGCGAAUUUCGGGCCUAAUGCGACGACGUUUGUUGUCCCUGCUGAGAUUUUUCCGGCGAGGCUUCGAUCUACUUGUCAUGGGAUAUCGGCGGCGUCUGGUAAGGCGGGAGCGAUUGUUGGAGCUUUUGGGUUUCUUUACGCGGCGCAGAGCUCGGAUCCGGAGAAGACUGAUGCUGGUUAUCCGCCGGGGAUCGGAGUUAGGAAUUCGCUGUUGAUGCUUGGUGGUGUUAAUUUCUUGGGGAUUGUUUUCACUCUGUUGGUUCCGGAAUCGAAAGGGAAGUCUCUCGAAGAGCUUUCGAGAGAGGAUGAGGAGCAAAUCGGCGGCGAUGCGGCGGAGAUGGGCGUAGCUAAUACCGGUAGAACAGUCCCGGUUUGAUUUUUUGCUUCUUUUUGUGCCUUGUAAUUACUCGAUACAAGGAGUGCCUUGAAUAAAGAUUCUAAUUUUGAGUCUUCUAUUUGUCUCCAUCAACGAGCCUAUGUUUCUGUGUUCAUACACAUCUCUGUUUCCUCUUUCCCAACUUUUUG